UAAAUUUAAUUAAGCUGGGUAAUCGUUGCCCUCCUUGAUUUGCACGCUAGAGGAUAUUGAAACGACAUCGUUGGACUGCGCAUUUGUAGUUUCCAAGUGACGGCUUGCCACUGGCCUGAGUCGAAAAAGAGGAUCUCCAGCAGUGCUGAAGCGACCCGGAGGCUGGAGGUAUGUGGUGUGUCUGUUCAUGGGUUUAAAGAUGUUUCCUUUUGGAAAUCAGUAAUCUGAUUAAGUAGGGUUUCAAGGAUUUUAGUUAUUUGAUGGUUAAAUUGGUUUAUUUCUGUAAUGUAUCUGAAAAAAGGAUGUUCCUUGUUGUUAAAAGUCCACAAACCUUCAAUCCCCUUUGUUUUAAACACAAAUCCAAUUCUCAAUGCCAACAGUAAACCCCAAAAUGAGCAAAAUCAAACCCAUCUCAAAGAAUUUGAUGUUUUAAAGAGGUUGAGAAGUGAAUCCAACAUUGUACUGGCUCUAGAUUACUUCAAGUCAAUAGCCAAUUCACAAGCUUUUCAACAUAGCCAAUUAACGUACCAAACCAUGAUUGAAAAACUUGGUGCCCAACGCGAUGUAGAUGGUGUACAAUACCUUCUUCACCAAAUGAAAUUAGAAGGAAUUAGCUGUAGUGAGGAUUUAUUUAUCUCUGUGAUCAAUACUUAUAGAGGAGUGGGUUUAGCUGAGCAAGCAUUGAAAAUGUUCUAUAGAAUUGGGGAAUUUGGGUGCAAACCUACGGUUAAGAUAUAUAAUCAUCUUUUGGAUGCGUUGCUUAGUGAGAAUAGGUUUCAAAUGAUCAAUCCUAUAUAUAGCAACAUGAAGAGAGAUGGGAUGGAACCCAAUGUUUAUACUUAUAACAUCCUUUUGAAAGCCUUAUGCAAGAACAAUAGGGUUGAUGGGGCGUGCAAGUUGCUUGUGGAAAUGUCCAAUAAAGGAUGUAAUCCAGACGUGGUUAGCUGCACAACUGUCAUAUCUUCUAUGUGUAAGCUUGGUAGGGUGGAGGAGGCAAAGGAGCUUGCCAUGAAAUUUCAACCUAUUGUCCCUGUUUACAAUGCUUUGAUAAAUGGUUUUUGCAGAGAAUACAAAAUUAAGGAGGCAUUUCGGUUGUUAAGUCAAAUGGCGGAUAAGGGAAUUGAUGCCAAUGUCAUUACUUACUCAACCGUAAUCAAUUCUCUUUCAGAUAUGGGAAAUGUUGAAUUGGCUCUUGCAGUUUGGGCAAAGAUGUUUGUGAGAGGUUGUAGCCCCAAUGUUCACACCUUUACUUCCUUGAUGAAGGGCUAUUUCUUGGGAAGAAGAGUAUAUGAAGCACUCAAUAUAUGGAACUUGAUGAUUCGAGAAGGAUUUGAGCCCAAUAUUGUUUCAUAUAACACUCUAAUACGUGGUCUCUGCUCCCAUGGGAAAAUGGAAGAAGCUUUAUCUGUUUCCAGUAAAAUGGAGAGAAAUGGCUACUCCCCAAAUACAAUCACGUAUAGUACUCUUAUUGAUGGUUUUGCAAAAUCUGGUGAUUUGUUUGGUGCAUCUGAGACAUGGAACAAGAUGAUGUUGAAUGGUUGCACUCCUAAUGUUGUAUUGUAUACUUGCAUGGUGGACGCCCUUUGCAGGAAUUCUAUGUUCAACCAAGCUCAAUGUCUUAUUGAGAAAAUGAUAACUGAUAACUGUCCUCCAAAUACGGCUACAUUCAAUGCAUUUAUCAGAGGUUUAUGUUGCAGUGGAAGAGUAGAAUGGGCUAUAGAAGUGUUCAAUCAGAUGGGGCAAUAUGGAUGUUCACCUGGUGUCAUAACAUACAAUGAACUAUUGGAUGGUCUUUUGAAAGCAACCAGAAUAAAAGAAGCUCUGAAACUUGUUAGCGAGAUGGAAGAUAACAGUAUCGAACUGAAUUCAGUGACUUAUAAUACCAUCUUGUGUGGAUUUUGCCAUGCUGGAUUGUUUGAAGAGGCUUUGAAGCUGCUAGGUAAAAUGCUGGUAAGAGGUGUGAAGCCUGGUGCUAUCACAUACAACACAAUAAUUUAUGCCUACUGUAAGCAAGGCAAGGUUAAGACUACCAUCCGGCUCAUAGAUAGAGUAAGUACGGGAGGAGAGUGGUAUCCAGACAUAGUUGCGUACACCAAUCUUUUAUGGGGGAUCUGUAAUCAGAUUGGGGUAGAAGAAGCCUUCAUGUUUCUUGAUAAGAUGGUAAAUAAGGGUAUCUGUCCCAAUGUAGCAACUUGGAAUGUGUUGGUCCGGGGCUUGUUUAACAGCUUAGGUCAUCUGGGGCCAAUUCACAUUCUGGAUGACAUUCUAGCUCAUGCAUGAGAUGCACAUAUUUUAAUGUUUCAGGGAAGGGAACUUCAACAGACAAAUAUGUUUUCUUGCUAUCAACGAAAUGAGCUGCGUUUUCACAUUGAUUGAAUAUUCAUGACUUCUUUUCUUGGAUCGUCGUUAGAUUCAAUCUCUUGCUGGUGCUCGAACAUCUUGAGAUGGCACAGAGGAUGACUCUGCAAUUUUUCUAUCAUCAGUUUGACAACACACCUAAUGUCCACCAUGGUUGCUUUAACAGCAAGAACAAUAAUCAAGGACUGCUUCAUACCUAUAAGCUCAAGUCUCCUAUGCGCUAGUUAGACUUGAUUUUUUAAAUUGAUUGAAAGUGAGAUCUGUAUAGUACUAUCCAUGGAUUUAUGGGUAUUUGCCUCAUGCACUUUGCAAAAUUUGCAUAUUCGUAUAAAGAUACACACACAUUAUAUUUGUUUGUUUGUACACAGUAUGCAGAGAUGCUCCUUGAUGCUCA